UAUUUGGUGACAAGGUUCUUCGUUGUUGACCAAAACUAGUCUGCUUGAUUUGCAUCUGCUUUCAUUCAUUUUUCUUUGAUCCAGUAUUCACUUCCCUUGCAAACCAACAAACAUGGCUGGGGCUAUAGUAGGAGGAGCACUUCUCUCGGCUUCUAUCGAAGUUCUACUUCACCGGAUGGCUUCUCGCGAGGUCCUCACCUUCCUCCCGCGACAGAGACUCAGUGCUACGCUCCUAAAGAAGUUGAGGAUAAAAUUGCUGGCAGUUCAGGUAGUGCUCGACGACGCUGAGGCCAAGCAAUUCACAAAAUCAGCUGUAAAAGAUUGGCUGGAUGACCUGAAAGAUGCUGUGUAUGAUGCAGAGGACCUGUUGGAUGAUAUCACCACUGAAGCUCUACGCUGCAAAAUGGAGUCUGAUGCUCAAACCAGCGCAACUCAGGUACGUGACAUCACCUCUGCCUCGCUUAAUCCGUUUGGUGAGGGGAUCCAGUCCAGGGUAGAGGAGAUCACUGACAAACUAGAAUCUCUUGCACAAGAAAAAGAUGUUCUGGGAUUGAAAGAAGGCGUUGGAGAAAAAUUGUCACAAAGAUGGCCCUCGACUUCCUUGGUAGAUGAGUCUGGGGAGGUGUACGGAAGGGAAGGUAAUAUACAGGAGAUAGUUGAAUAUUUGUUGUCCCAUAAUGCAAGUGGGAAUAAGAUAAGUGUGAUCGCCCUGGUGGGUAUGGGCGGUAUUGGAAAGACCACACUUACUCAACUGGUGUAUAAUGAUAGGAGAGUGGUGGCAUGUUUUGACCUUAAAGCUUGGGUUUGUGUUUCCGAUGAAUUUGAUCUUGUCAGGAUAACGAAAACCAUUCUUAAGGCAAUCGAUUCUGGGGCUUCUGAAAAAUAUUCUGAUGAUAGUGAUUUGAAUCUGCUUCAACUUAAACUGAAGGAGAGACUUAGUAAGAAGAAAUUCUUACUUGUCCUUGAUGAUGUUUGGAAUGAAAACUAUACUAAUUGGCAUAUGCUACAAACUCCAUUCACCGUUGGUCUAAAUGGAAGUAAGAUUAUUGUAACUACGCGUAGUGAUAAGGUUGCAUCGAUCAUGCGUUCAGCUCGUAUUCAUCAAUUGGGACAGUUAUCCUUUGAGGACUGCUGGUCGCUAUUUGCAAAACAUGCAUUUGAAAAUGGAGAUUCUAGUCUACAUCCAGAACUAGAAGAAAUUGGCAAAGGGAUUGUAAAGAAGUGUAAAGGAUUGCCUUUGGCUGCAAAGACCCUGGGGGGUGCCUUAUACUCAGAGUUACGAGUAAAAGAAUGGGAAAAUGUAUUGAACAGCGAAACGUGGGAUUUACGGAAUGAUGAAAUUCUCCCUGCCUUAAGGUUAAGCUAUUCUUUUCUUCCUUCACAUUUAAAGCAGUGUUUUGCAUAUUGCUCAAUUUUUCCUAAGGACUACGAAUUUGAAAAGGAAAAUUUGAUUCUAUUAUGGAUGGCAGAAGGUUUUUUGCAACAAUCUGAAGGCAAGAAAACAAUGGAAGAGGUAGGUGAUGGGUACUUUUAUGACCUAUUAUCAAGGUCAUUUUUUCAGAAGCCCAAUAGUCACGAAUCAUAUUUUGUAAUGCAUGAUCUCAUUAACGACUUGGCUCAACUUGUUUCUGGAAAAUUUUGUGUUCAGUUGAAGGAUGGUAAGAUGAAUGAAAUUGAUGAAAAGCUCCGCCAUUUAUCAUAUUUUAGAAGUGAAUAUGACCAAUUUGAGAGAUUUGAGACCCUGAAUGAAGUUAAUGGUCUUCGUACCUUCUUUCCUUUGAAUUUGAGAACUUGGCAUCGAUGGGACAAGGUUUCAAAUAAUAGAAAUCCAAAAGAUGCUACUACGAGAUACGAUGUAGAUUUUCGCUUGAGUACUAGAGUUUGGAAUGAUUUAUUGAUGAAAGUUCAAUAUUUACGAGUGUUGUCAUUAUGUUAUUAUGAGAUAAGGGAUUUGUCUGAUUCAAUUGGUAAUUUGAAACAUUUGCGCUAUUUGGACCUUACCUACGCACUCAUCAAAAGGUUACCGGAGUCGGUUUGUAGUUUGUAUAAUUUGCAAACAUUGAUAUUAUACCAUUGUAUAUAUCUUGUUGAAUUGCCUAAAAUGAUGUGCAAAAUGAUUAACCUACGUCAUCUUGAUAUCAGACAUAGCCAAGUGAAAGAGAUGCCAAGUCACAUGGGUCAAUUAAAAAGUCUACAAAAAUUGAGUAACUAUAUAGUAGGCAAGCAAAGUGGGACAAGGGUUGGAGAGUUGAGGGAGAUUUCCCACAUUGAUGGGAGUCUUGUCAUUCAAGAGCUGCAGAAUGUGGUUGAUGCUAAGGAUGCCUCAGAGGCCAAUUUGGUAGGCAAGCAAUAUCUGGAUGAGUUAGAGUUGGAAUGGAAUCGUGGUAGUGAUGUUGAACAAAAUAGAGCAGACAUAGUGCUCAACAACUUACAACCUCAUACAAACUUAAAGAGACUCACUCUUUAUGGUUAUGGUGGUUCAAGAUUUCCAGAUUGGUUAGGUCCUUCAAUUCUGAAUAUGGUGUCGCUACGUCUCUGGUAUUGUAAGAAUGUGUCAACCUUCCCACCGCUUGGGCAGCUACCCUCUCUUAAACAUUUAUAUAUAUUGGGGUUGAGGGAGAUAGAAAGGGUGGGCGUUGAGUUUUAUGGCACUGAGCCCUCCUUCGUAUCCCUGGAAGCUCUAUCAUUUCAGGGUAUGCCAAAAUGGAAGGAAUGGUUGUGCAUAGGAGGCCAAGGUGGAGAAUUCCCUCGUCUCAAGGAGCUUUAUAUAGAGGAUUGUCCCAAGCUAACUGGGGACUUACCAACCGAUCUGCCUUGCUUGACCACACUACAGAUUGAAGAAUGUGAGCAGCUUGUGGCUCCACUUCCAAGGGUUCCAGCCAUCCUUCAAUUGACAACGCGCAUCCAUGACAUCUCACAGUGGAAGGAACUACCACCACUACUGCAGUAUCUCUCAAUUCAAAAUUCCGACUCUUUGGAGUCCCUACUGGAGGAGGGAAUGUUGCGAAGUAAUACUUGUCUUCGAAAGUUGACAAUCAGAAAUUGCUCUUUUUCGAGACCCUUGUGCAGAGUUUGUUUGCCCAUUACAUUGGAAUCAUUAGAUAUAGAGGGGUGUAAGAAACUAGAUUUUCUCCUACCUGAGUUCUUAAAAUGUCACCACCCUUCCCUUGCCUAUUUGUUUAUCUUCAGAAGUACUUGCAAUUCUCUCUCAUCCUUCCCAGUCGGCAACUUCCCAAGUUUAACUUACCUCGAUAUCAGAAAUCUCGAGGGGCUUGAAUCCCUCUCCAUUUCAAUUUCAGAGGGCGAUGUUACAGCUUUGCAUCGGUUGGACAUAUGCCGGUGCCCUAAUCUUGUGUCUAUUGAAUUGCCAGCUCUCGACUUCUCACAAUAUUUCAUCGUCGAGUGCAAGAAUCUCAAGUGGCUGCUGCACAACGCUACAUGCUUUCAGUCAUUAACAAUACAUCGUUGUCCUGAAUUGAUAUUCCCAAUACAAGGUCUGCAAGGACUGUCCUCUCUUACCUCUCUCAAAAUCUCACAUCUUCCAAAUCUCGUGUCCCUUGAAAGUUUGGAGCUUCAACUGCUCACCUCUCUUGAAAAAUUAGAGAUCUGUUACUGCCCAAGCUCCAAUUCUUGACAGAAGAGCAGCUGCCCACCAACCUUUCUGUUCUAACAAUCCAGAACUGCCCAUUGCUGAAAGAUCGGUGCAAGUUUUGGACAGGGGAAGAUUGGCAUCAUAUAGCUCACAUUCCACACAUUGUGAUCGAUGACCAAGUUUUGUAAUGAAGGUUAUCAGUAAUUCUUCUCUCUUGUAAAUUGAUGCUUAAAAGCCAAGCAGCUCUGCAGCUGUCUAGCAACAAUCCUUCCAAUGGGACCUUUUUUUAUCGAGUUCAAAGACUCUUUCUGGAAGAUUGUAGCAGAUAUUUUCUAGCAUCCAUAGACUCAUGAUUGAUAAUCUGCUUGAGGAACUGAGAAAGCUCAACUCUGUUAGAGAGUGGAGCAUGCAACAUGCUCUAUGAUUUCCAUUAGUUCUCUGUGUUAAUAUUCUAGUUCUUCUCUAGAAAAAACAGAUGCUUGGAGAAGAGAGAAGUCAAACCAUAUUCAAAGUCAUAGCAGUGCAGAGUAUGGUUUUGUUCCACCAAGUUCAGUGUUAAGAAAUUGUGAACGUAUUGGAUCUGCUCAUACCACCUCCCUUCAUGAUGAAUUUUAACAACUCAGUACUUGGAGGAUGGCUACUCAACUAAAUCCUAUUUAUUGGAGCACAAUUUGAGCUUUUCUUCCUAACUCAGAUGGUGGCACUUUGAAUCUUUGGAACAGUUGUAGGAGGAAGCUUUGCCAAAGCCUCCCUAUGCAAUACAUGGGCCUUUGGCUGCAAGUGAGAUUUGAAGAUUCUAUUCUCUCUUGGAAGACUUCAACUCAUUUUUUUUUUUAGUUUUGAGCUUUGAGCUUUUACUUCCAAGCAUGUGCAAAGAAGAAAGAAAGCAACAACAAACGUCCACUUACAGAAGUUUUACAUGGAGUGAGACUCCCAUGGAAAAUAUUGUAGCUAUUGGUUUGUCAACCUUGAAGGUUAUAGUUUUGUUUCCCAUUGGAUCUCUGAGGAAUGUGUUUGUUGAAUCAUAUAUUUUCAACUUACUAUUGAUUUUGUGUAUAUACAUAAAUAUAAAUGAUGUUUUCUUCUUCAUUCA